CCAGCUAGGAAACAAUGGCAGGUGAAGACUGUGUGAGAAAGCGCCAGUCUGGCUCCACUACAACCUACAAGACCCCAGAGAAUGAAGAAACACAGAGGAGACCUGACGGCGAGAGGUCGUUCCAAAACUCAAGCAAUGGCCGGGUUGAUGUCGACCAUGUGGUAACAAGGAAAAUGCAGCUAAUAGCAGAAGCUGAGCAAUUGAAGCCAGCUUUCAUGAAGGAAGUGGACAGUCACUUCACAGAGUUUGUCAACAGUUUGGUGGCAAAAUCAGCAUUCCUGGAUUCCUCAUCUUCAGCCUCCCUCUUCCCAGCUUCCUGCUCGGAGAAAGAACUGCACAAAGCCAAGACCUUGAGGGCCCCUCCAGAACAUGGGAAGGUAUUUUCUGCUAGGAGAUCCCUCUUGGAUGAGCUGUUUGAAGUGAGUCACAUCCGGACGAUCUACCACAUGUUCAUCGCUCUUCUCAUUGUCUUCAUCCUCAGCACGCUUUUAGUAGACUUCAUUGACGAAGGAAGGCUGGUCCUAGGAUUUGAUCUCUUGGUCUUUGUUUUUGGGAAGUUCCCAGUCGUCUUCUGUACUUGGCUGUGCAUGUUCUGUGCCACGGUGGUCGUUCCAUACAACCUUUUUGUCUGGUGGGCCCAAGGCUACUGCAGUUCACCCCACCGUGUAAUGCGCUCCCUCUUCUAUGGGAUGUUGUUCACACUCUUCCAAACAGCUGGGCUCGGAUUUGGACCAACCUACAUUGCUGUGUCAUAUGCGCUGCCUCCAGCUUCUCGUUUUAUUGUAAUACUGGAACAGGUUCGUCUUGUUAUGAAGGCUCACUCAUUUGUCCGGGAGAAUGUACCCAGAGUCCUGUCCUCUGUGAAGGACAAGUCCAGCACAGUCCCUAUUCCUAGAAUUUCUCAGUACCUCUACUUCCUCUUUGCUCCCACCCUCAUCUACAGAGACAACUAUCCCAGGAAUCCCGUGAUAAGAUGGGGCUACGUAGCUACCAAGUUUGCGCAGGUGCUUGGUUCACUUUUCUAUGCCUACUACAUCUUUGUGAGACUCUGCAUUCCUCAGUUUCGCAACAGUAGUCAGGAAACCUUCAAUCUUCGAGGGCUGGUCCUCUGCAUCUUCAAUUCCAUUCUGCCAGGUGUACUCAUACUCUUCCUGGUUUUCUUUGCAUUCCUUCACUGUUGGCUCAAUGCGUUUGCUGAGAUGCUGCGCUUUGCAGACAGGAUGUUCUACAAGGACUGGUGGAAUUCCACUUCCUAUGCAAACUACUACCGAACCUGGAACGUGGUAGUGCACGACUGGCUCUAUUACUACGCCUAUAGGGACUUCCUUUGGUUCUUCGGUAAGAAGUGCAGAGCAGCAGCCAUGCUGUCGGUCUUCACAGUGUCAGCUGCUGUGCACGAAUACGUUCUGAGCGUCUGCUUCGGCUUCUUCUACCCAGUCCUCUUCUUCCUGUUUAUGUGCUUUGGAAUGGUCUUCAACUUCAUCCUUAACGACCGUCGGAAAGGGCCCAUCUGGAACGUGAUCAUGUGGACUUCCCUCUUCCUGGGCCAAGGUGUCAUUAUCUGCCUCUACAGCCAGGAGUGGUAUGCCCGCCAGUACUGCCCCAUGGAGAACCCCGCGUUCCUGGACUACUUAAAACCACGCUCGUGGUCCUGCCAUAUGAAGAUGUGA